CUGAACUUUCCAUUCAUUUCUGACAAGCAGUACAAGAAAUUUCUGACGUUAAAUUCGUUCUUCGCUAACACAGUCCAAUUUAAACAUUGGUAUAAUCAACGGCGCAUUUGGAGUACCAUUACAUUCCGUAAGGGCGCGUAUGGCUCAAUGAAACAUGGCUAUCGGGGAGUGAUAAUUGGUUGGGAUCUGAAAGCUAAAGCUUCUGAAAAAUUCAUCGAAAAAGAGUGGACGAAUAAUCCUAACUAUGCCGUUUUAAUAGACGCUAGAGAUCGUAUGGUGCCACAACUUGGCUAUGUUGCUCAGGCUAACAUUGAGCUGUAUAAGGGACGAAUAAUCCACACCUUGUUGAACAAUUACAUGGAGAAGUAUGACGAAGAAGCACAGAAGUGGGCGGGUGACUUAGUGUUUUUAUUUUCCAGUGUUCCACAACCACUAUUUUCUUUCCUGCAAAAGAACGAAACCCUGAAAGAAAGUUAG